AUGGUUCCUGUCGCCUCAGUGCAGCCUGCAGCUGUUGUAACCACUGCGAGCAGCCAGCCUGGGCCCAUGUCUUCUCCCAGGGAUCGCACCAUUUUUUACCAUUACUCCGCCCCACUCGCUCAUAAUAAUGGUUCAGCAGCUGACAUAACGUCGCCCCGUAACCCCGUUCAAUGCCCUCAUCCCAAAGAGAGUGUCAUUCAGGAACCUCUGAACCUGUCCAGUCGAGAGAAGCCGAGGAGUCCGCUGCACAAAGCCAACGGCCGCAUACCAGAGUGCGGACUGCUGUGGGACUAUGUGUACCAGCUGCUGUGUGAUGAGCGCUACCAAGACUACAUACGGUGGGAAGACCCAGACAGCCACGUGUUCCGGAUAGUUGACCCCAACGAACUGGCACGCCUCUGGGGGAACCACAAGAACCGAGAAAACAUGACCUAUGAGAAAAUGUUAUGUGCUUUGCGGCACUACUACAAGCUGAACAUCAUCAGAAAGGAGCGAGGACAAAAACUUCUCUUCAGGUUUCUGAAGCUCCAACUGGAAAUCAAGAAGCAUCGACUUGACACAGAGUCUCCAGAACAUACGCGGGCUCAGGAUGAGGACUUUCCAGACAGAAGUCCUACACAUGAUUUCAAUGAAGACCUGUUUGAGGUUUCCCCUGAUCGGGCUUCUCCACUGUCCCCUUCGACGGGGGCUGCUGUGGGAUACAAACACAUGGACAUGGCUCACACUUUGAGCUCUGCCCUGGCUCACACUCAGAGCUCUGGCUCAGACUACGAGCUCUGGCUAAAAAUUACAGCCCUGGCUCACACUCAGAGCUCUGGCUCAGACUACGAGCUCUGGCUAAAAAUUAGAGCUCUGGCUCAGGCUUGGAGCUCUGGCACACACUUGGAGCUUUGGCUCACACUUAAAGCUCUGGCUCAAAAUUAG